AUGGCCUACCGCGCCAGACCUCUGGCAAACGGACACAGUCCAGCAGAGCUCCUCAUGGGCAGGAAGAUUAGAACACCUGUCCCUGUCAUCCCAUCCCAGCUUAACCCAGGCUGGACAGACAUGGACAAUUUAAAAAUAACUGAACAAACAUACAGACAGAAGCAGAAACAGAACUACGACCGUCGUCACAGAGCACACGACAUGCCACUCCUGCAACAAGGUGACCAUGUGUGGAUCAAGGACAUCCUUGAGAGGGGCACCGUGGUGUCCAAUGCAGGCACUCCAAGAUCCUACAUUGUAGAGACGCCUAGGGGCACUCUGCGAAGAAACCGAUACCAUAUCUCUCCCACCCUUAUAGCACCAGCAACACACACCAACUUACCUGAGGAUGCCGCACCCGCUGCAGUGAACACACCUGUCACACCUGCAAUCCCCUGUGACUUUGGGCAGCGGACACCAGGGCGUGUGCGUGAGGCGGCCUACAGACUGCUGCAGCUCUGCACCCAGAGAGAACAGAGACUGGAGGCCGUCAAGAACAUCAUCACCUCCAGUGCCAGAAUACACACCUACAGCACACACAGGGCCGGGACCCAGGAGAGACCAGCGUGCAGAGGAAGAGUAGCGCUUACAGGGCUGCGGAUUCCACUCAUGUGGAAAGACUCUGAUCACUUCAACAACAAAGGAAGCUCGCGGUCCGUGGCUGUUUUCAGUCUGAUGAUUUUGGGUGGUGAUGUUCUGGACUCAGAGCUGCAGGUCGUGGACCGGAACAUGACGGACAUCUGCUUCGAUGGACAGACAGUGUUUGAGGGUGUAGAGUCAGACUUUGAGUUGAGGGUGGAGCUCUACAGCUGUUCCAUGGACGAGACCCCGCCCCUCUCCGCCACACCCAGAAAACUGGCCAAUAAGCUUUGCUCGUCUCUGGGGAAGGCUGCAGGAAGGAAACUCCGCCCCCUGCUGGACUCUGGAGAGCACGACGACUUCCUACAGACACACCCCCUACCACAGGGCGUGUCCUUUUCUUUGUUGGCUUUGACCUCAUUGGGUCUGCAGCAGGCUGGGAGGAGCUUCUUGUCUCAUCCACUCAAGAUCACCCAGACCGCAGAGUCGUCGUCAUGGUUACCGCUGUAUGGGAGCGUGUGCUGUCGUCUGCUCGCCCAGCCGGACUGCAUGAGACUGCCAACACACAGUGGGCCUCUCCGCCAGCAGGUGUGUGUCGAAGGAGUGUUUCGAUCCUGCAGUCUGCACUGUGAGCUGCAGGGGGAGACGUUGAGCUGCUGGUUGAGUCCUGAAGAGGUUUUCCUCACGGUGCCCGUCACUAUGGACACGCGUGUGAGAGUGCUAAGGGAUCAGCACGGCUCUGGCUCCGCCCCCUACACCAUGACCAUCAGCACUCCUGGCUCCGCCCCCAGCACUCAUGUGUUCCAAGGCCACGCCCCCGAGCUGCAUGAUUGGGCUGCUGCUCUCUCCCAACACACACACAACCUGCGUUCCUGGAAGCACUGCUGUGAGGAGCUCAUGCAGAUUGAGGUUUUGUCUCCACGGAAACCACCCCUCUUCCACUCCAAACAGCCAGAAACUGUUUACAGCGAAAUGUGCAUUCACUCUCCGGGCAAGUUUGAGAGUGUGACUGACAUCAUCCACAACAAGAUUGAGGAGACUGGAGGCCGCUUUCUGAUUGGUCAGGGGGAACAGUCGGAGCCUCCUAAUUGGUCUGCCCUGUUUGAGGGGUCCCGCCCCCUGGUGGUGCAGAAGGUGGUGAUGUCACCGGGGAAGGAGCCCUGCCACUCCAGCUUCAGCCCGGUUGCUCAUGGCAACAAGAAACGCAAAGCCCCGCCUCCCCCUCCCGACAAACUUCCAUACACCACGCCCACUUCGACCACGACCACGCCCACUCCAACCAUGGCAUCCAGUCCAGAGAAGGAGAAUGUUUUUAAAACCACAUCAUCCAAUCUGGAAAAGGGGCGUGUCUUGAAGGCACCGCCUCGGUCGGGACGGCCCUCCCUGGACAGCAAGUUCUCCUCCGUUAUUCAACAGCUGCAGAAAAAAGCUUCCAACAAACGAAGUGCUCAGCAGACAAAUGCCCCGACCAAUAGCAACCCUCCCCUGAGCCUUCAGCAGCCACCAGUUCCCGCCCCCCGGCACAAACUGAGGAAGUCCUUCAGGCAGAUCAUGAACCCUAAACCCUUUUGAUCCGAACUCUGAUCCUGUCUCAGAUCAUGAACCCUAAACCCUUUUGAUCUUAACUCUGAUCCUGUCUCAGAUCAUGAACCCUAAACCCUUUUGAUCUUAACUCUGAUCCUGUCUCAGAUCAUGAACCCUAAACCCUUUUGAUCCUAACUCUGAUCCUGUCUCAGAUCAUGAACCCUAAACCCUUUUGAUCUUAACUCUGUGUCUCAGAUCAUGAACCCUAAACCCUUUUGAUCUUAACUCUGAUCCUGUCUCAGAUCAUGAACCCUAAACCCUUUUGAUCUUAACUCUGAUCCUGUCUCAGAUCAUGAACCCUAAACCCUUUUGAUCCUAACUCUGAUCCUGUCUCAGAUCAUGAACCCUAAACCCUUUUGAUCCGAACUCUGAUCCUGUCUCAGAUCAUGAACCCUA